AUGGCAGAAAGUGGAGGAAGCGCAAAACCAAAAGGAAGAAGAGGCAGUAUUGAUCGUCUUCCUCCAGUCUUCAGGCUGGUUCUCGUUGGGAAGACGGGAGCAGGGAAAAGCUCCAGUGGGAACACCAUCCUUGGAAGAGUUGAAUUCCAUGCAGAGAUCAGUCAGUCCUCAGUCACCAGACAGUGCUGUAAACGGCGAGGAACAGUGUCCAACCGAGAGCUGGUCCUCGUUGACACGCCCGGCCUCUUUGACACGGCGUUGCCUGAACACGUCGUGAACAGGGAGAUCGCCAAAUGCAUCAACAUGUCGGCGCCGGGCCCCCACGCCAUCUUGCUGGUCAUCAAGGCGGGACGCUUCACCAGCGAGGAUCUGGACGCCGUCAUGAAGGUGGAGGAGAUCUUCGGAGAGGAUGCCUGGAGGUACACCAUCAUCCUCUUCACUCACGAUGAAAGUGAGGCAGACGUCCAGACCCAGCUGCUGGCAGCUGGAAGUAGGCUGCAGGAGAUCCUCAGACGGGUGGGAGACAGGUACCACUUCCUGAACAACAGUCAGGCCAACGACCGUGGCCAGGUGCUGGAGCUGCUGGAGAAGGUGGAGAAGAUGGUUGCUUCCAAUGGAGGCGGGUGUUACACCAACCCCACCUACCUGCAGGUGGUGGAGAUGUUGGAGAAGAGAGAGGUGGAGCUCAGAGAACUCUACCAAAAGAAACUGGAGGAGCAAAUCCAAACUGUGGAGUCCAAGUACAAGAGGCAGCUGACGGAGGCUCAGCGGGAGAGGCAGCAGGUGGAGAAGCGGCUGCAGGAGGAGCUGGCAGAGGUAAAGCGCUACUACAGGGCCCUAGAGAGCGGCGCCCGGCUGGUCAUAGAGAACACCGUGGAGUCGGACUCAAUGGAGAACAUCGUCAAGCAUCACAAAACCCUGAAACUUACACUGACUUCUUGAAGUCUCACUCAAUGUUUUGGCCACUUUAAGGUCAAAUUGACGACUGGUGACUUCAAAGCAGAAAUUCUGAUCUGUAAAAGGGCCUGUGAGCGUUUUCCUAUGUUUUCUGGCUCAAGUUCAGGCUAAAAAAGUGUGAUAUUUCCUUAGAAAUAGGGAAACACAGGCCUCUGGUGUUUUAAAAUGAACCUUCUUAUCUUGUAAUCUCACACUGUGGUUGAGAUGCACAGAUACCUGGAAGUUUAUUUAGAGUUUAAGCACAGUUCAAUGCCUACUGAAGAUGCUCUGUUUCCUCUGGAGCUCUGGACUUUUGAAAUGUUUCCCAAAUUCUAGCCUAAAGAACAAAACUGAGUGUCUUCUUCGUAUACCAAUGUGUUUGCCUAACAGGAUUGUCCUUUAGCAACAGCAACUAUUAAUAAUAUUGAAAGCUCAUGUUGGUUGAUUUAAACAUAUAUCAAGAAUAUAUUUUCCCUUUUGGAUAAAAUUGCUAUUUUUUCUUACUUAAUUAAAAAUAAGAAUAUUAUCUCUGAGCCGCACUUUUUUAAAACAAACUAAGUGGGUCAUUCUGUAUUAAAUGGCUCCGAAUGGAAGUUUUACAAACCAGAUGAACGCGUGUGCGUAUGUGCAGUUGAAAAACUGCUCAUUAAGAAUAAGUCUUCCACCUUUUGGUCCCUUACAUUUUUUACUGACAGUUUCUCAGCUCUAAUUAAAAUCUCUGUUACAAAUACCUAUUUUUAAAAGUAUAUCGUUUACAGGUUUUAUCAGUCUUCAAGAUAUGUGAUAUGUACAAAGGCAUCUGUAACUGAGUAAUGAGUUAUGACCUCUGUAACUAAUAUAUGAUGUGAUUAACCAUGAAAGUAUGUCUUAGUGUCUGUAAUUCCACUGAAAACAUUGUUAUAAAUGGAAGAAUUAUUUUAUAUACAAUAAUUUAGUAUCUGACAUCAAAUGUAUUAAUUUAAUCGAUUGAUUAAAAAAAAUAAUAAUAAUUUG